AUGGGCCCCUGUACCGCCUCCUCACGCUGCUGCCAGGCCCCCAAUCUGCCAUGGGCCCCUGUACCGCCUCCUCACGCUGCUGCCAGGUCCACAGUGUGUCAUGGGUCCCUGUACGGCCUCCCAUUGCUGCUGUCUCCAUCGCCACACUCUGCCAUGUGCCACUUUCAGGUCUCCUCACACUGCUGCUGGGUUCCAUUUUGUGAUAGGAUGCUGGCAGAUUACGGGCCUCACAUUGCUGCGGCCAGGCCCCUAAUCUGCCAUGGGCCCCUGUACCGCCUCCUCAUGCUGCUGCCAGGUUCACAGUGUGUCAUGGGUCCCUGUACGGCCUCCCAUUGCUGCUGUCUCCAUCGCCACACUCUGCCAUGUGCCACUUUCAGGUCUCCUCACACUGCUGCUGAGUUCCAUUUUGUCAUAGGGUGCUGUAUGGCCUCCCAUUGCUGCUGCCUCCACUGC